GGCGGCGUGAGCGAUGGAUCGCCCCCAGCGUAAGAACCCUAGCAGCGGCCCUCUUAAGCCACCACGACCACCACGAGGCACGGCCUUUCAGCCCCCGCCGGCGUCGAGGCCUCGCCCAGAUCCCUCCUCCCCAGCCUUUCUUCAGUGAAAGUUUGGUAUCCUGGAAAUCAUUCUGCAUUUUCUUGCUUUGAUGUCAUCACUGAAUUAUUGAGCACAUAAUGGCAGAUGGAAGGCCAAUAAAAAAGGUUCGGUUUGAGAGCAAAGCUGGUAGUCAUCGUGAAUAUGCGAGACAGGAUUCUAACACAAGCAGAGCUGAGAAAACUAAGGCCCAAGAUGCAGGUUCUGAUGCGAAAACUACUGAAUUCAAAUUCUUCAAGAAAUUGUGGGAGCAGUCAGGCUGUAGAUCACGUUCCUUCAGACAGCCUCAUCAAAAUAUUGUGCCAGACAUAUACAAGCAAAAAGAGGGCAAUCGAAUAGAAUCACAUAAUGUGACAUCGCACAAGAAGUUUCCUGUCCACAAGGUUACUCUGUGUUCCGUUGAGGCCCCUGCAACACCCGCGAAUAACAAAAUCUCUGAUGAGCAAGUGAAAGUGCAAGCCUCGCAUUCUGAAUAUGACAAUCAUGAUACACCUCAGUUAAAACCAUGUGAUUCCCUGCCAACUGUUCAGGUUUUCACACCCAUGAUCAAGACACCAUUUGAACUUGCAGGGAUUUCAAGAAAUACUGACAUAGAACAUGGGAGUGGACGGAUGUUUUCAGAUAAGAGAAGGAUAUUAUUAAAGCUAGCUGCAAAAACAGUGUCAAUGGAAAGUUGUGAGUUGUUCCAAAGAAGAUCAGAAUUUUUUGCUGACAUCCUGCAAAGAUUAGGCGCCGACAACAUAAUAAGAAAGCAGCAGAAAGACCCCAUGAGAAAGAGGAACAUGGUUUGCAGAAAUACUCCUGCCCAUCAGGAUCUUCCAAGUUUUCUUGAUUGGAGAAAUGGCUUACCUUGUGGGGAUAAUGAAGCACAUGACUGCAUGCCAGUACGAUCAGCACAUACUAUAGAUCUCGCAAGUUUUGAUAUGAAAAGACAAACUGUUCACAACCAAGUUUCCAACUGGUUGCUAGAAGAUGUCCAACCACACAGCAGAGUCAAACCAAUUUCAGCUAAUGAGUUGGGCUGUAUUAUUCGAACUGGGUCAUAUGAUCAUCAUGGAUGGGAUCCUAUGUUAUCAGAAACAUUCGCAGAAUCAAUUCCAGAUAGAAUGUUCUUACCCUGUCAGACUGUGGAGCAGUCUUUGGUACCACAUGAGGUAUCUAAUACUUUCUGGCAACCUGAGCUUUGCAGCUCUCUAGAGCGUUGUACUUCUAGGUCAGUUCGAUUGGAGGGGGGAGACUCAGUUGAGGCAGGAUUGUUUGAUAAUUCUGACGCUGGACUUCUAUCUAGGUUUGGCCAGUUACAUGCAAAAUGCACUUCUUCAAGCUUUUUGGGCCCCAAAGAUGGAAUUCUUGAUCACAAUAGUUUUAGUGACACUUACAACUUCCAUGUAAGUGAUAGAAACAACAUUCUGUUGGAUACAAACAGGAGUUGCCUGAAUUCUAUAUGUUCAACUUCAGAUUAUCCUUCUGAGCUGCGCCCAAAGAGCUUUUCUGACUCUGCUGUCCGUAUGUCCUGUUUUGCUGAAACGGAGGAGAAAUAUUCGUCAGAGGCAGAAUUGUUUGAUUUCUGAUAUUGGGCGUCUGCAUGGAUUGGAUCAGUUACCUGUGAAAUUCACUGCUUCAAGCUUUUCCAAGUACACAUCUGGAAUUCUUGAUCAUCAUCAUGAUUCAAAGGACAGUAACAGCAUUUUCCCUGUGGAUGCAAAUGACACAUGCCUGAAUUCCCUGUCUUCAUAUUCAGAGCAUCCUUGUAAGCAAGACUGGGAAAGUUUGUGUGAUUUUUCCCAAGAAUUGUGGUCUUCAGUGCAUCACGUCCAAUCUCAUGGUGGUAGUUUGGGGGCUAUCUUUGGUCUCACGUCGAAUGGAAGUAUUUGCAAUGAUUUUGAAGAUGACCAAAAUAUAACACUAGCCAAAGGCAACCCCAAGAACCGUUUGUUUGGUACUUCUGAUCUCGCUCUCUUCAGUUCUUGCUCUACUAUGGAUAGCAUCAGGGAGACUCCCAUGUUGUCUCUGGAUGGCGUAAUGUGGUAGCUCCAUGCCCAGUAUUCCUUGGAAGUGUUAUUUGUUGCGGGUCCAGAUUGACCUGUUAGUGGAUGAUGCAUUUCGAUUGAUGCAACUUUGACCUAAAUUUAGGCAUAGCUAGGCGGAGUCCAUGUACUGUGUAAGGCUGUAAUAUACAGGUGGAGUUAUGACUUAGAUCUAUUCAUUGCUGUUCACCCCAGUUUAGAAGAGGCUGGCCUAAGUCCAUGUACUGUGUAUGGCUGUAAGCUAGUUGUUUUAUAUCACUGAUACAAUCAUAACUGCUUGAACUGCUGUAUGGAGUUAAUUGUAAAUAUUGCCACAAUAUGUAUGUAGAUUCACCUAUCUGUUUGUUGUUGAA